AUGCCUGGCGAAUGGUGGGAUAAAAUUCAAACAAAAGAAGGAACUGAUGUGAAGUUGGUGAUAUUGAAACAGAUGUUUGCUACUGAUUUAAAUCCUCACCACGAUCAUUUCUCAAUCCCUUUUAGGCAGAUAAGAGAUUCCAGUUUUCUUACAGAGGAUGAGAAGAGCAAGUUAAAGGAGCAGAAGGAGAACAUACCUAUUACACUCAUGGAACCUUGUGGUGAUGAGUCUAAGAUGUUGCUAAGGCAGUCGAAUUUGAAAAGUAGCAGUACCUAUGUGUUGACAUCUAGUUGGAAGAAAGUCUUAGAAAGGAAUCAUCAGGGAUCAUCAAGGAAAUUCAAACAAAACGAAAUAGUGCAGCUUUGGUCUUUCAGGCGCAACGGAGAACUCUGGUUGGCAAUGCAAGUACUACUCCUAGCGGUAGUGGCAGUAAAGGGGAGAAUGGGGAUGGUGCAAGGUUUUCCAGAUUGA